GCGGCACCCUCUCCUCCUCCAGAGCCGGUGGCGGCACCCUCUCCUCCUCCAGAGCCGGUGGCGGCAGCGUCUCCUCCUCCAGAGCCGGUGGCGGCACCCUCACCUCCUCCAGAGCCGGUGGCGGCACCAUCUCCUCCUCCAGAGCCGGUGGCGGCACCCCCUCCUCCUCCAGAGCUCACUUUUGAAGAGCCCUUGCUGCCCUCUCGCUGUGUGGAGCUGGCCAUCGUACCCACUGAUGCACCUCUAAGCGAACCCCUUGUGGAGCCUCUGAUACCGCCUCCACUUGCUCCAGCUCCGCCUGCUGAGGAGCCCACCAUGACCCCGUCUCUGCCCCCUGUUAUUGAGGACGAAGUACCUGCUGUCACCACAGCGCCACCACCUGCAGCAGCUUCACCCGUUCCUCCUGAAGUGGUGGAGGAAGAGAUGAGGCAGAAGAUCAAAGCGAAGCUGCAGCUAAGUCUGGAGGAGGAGAUCGACCAGAGGAGGCAGGAGCUGCAGCGACAGCUGGAGGAGAUGAGGGCUCUGGCUCAAGCAGAGGCCCAGGCAGCCGCUCAGGCUCAGGUGGAGCAUCAGGUGAGGAAGACGCUGGAGACGGAGAAGGCGGCGUACAUGGAGAACCUGACGGACUCCAUCAUGAAGGAGCGAAUGAAGACUGAAGACGAGAGGCUCAUGGUGCAGCUUUACCGGAUGGAGCUGAAGGCUCAUCAGCUGGAGGAGAGGGAGAAACAGUUGAGGAAGCGAGACGCUCUUUACAGGGAACAUGUCGCAAAACUUGAAGCAAAGUGUACUGAGUUUUACAAAGUGACUGCUGAGAGCUUCCAGAAGGGCAAAGAAGAGACUCACAACCGUUUUGCGCGUUUUAAUAUCCAGCCGGUGUGCGGUGACUUGCAGAGUCAGAUAUUAAAAUGCUACAAGGAGAACACAGGAAAGACGCUGUCCUGCUCCAGUAUCGCCUCGGCCUACAUGCAGUGUGUGGACAACGCCAAGAAGAAUAAAUCGAGCACUGGAGGUUAAUGAAGAUGACAACAUCUGACAGCUUUAAAGAAAAGUUGAUGGACAGGAGUCAACAAACAGAUGAGUCACAGGAGAAUCAUCUGAAGCCUUUACGUACAUCUGGAAGAAGUGCCGCAUACCCAGCCCAGUAGUCUGUUCUUACUGGUAAUGCCAUGUUUUCAACCUCUCUGGUUAUUGGGAUCACGUUAAAACCAAUUGUGCCACAACAAUAACGGAUGGGUCAAAUAAUUUUAAGUGGUCGUCUUUGUAAAAGAGGCAAAACACACAACAAAAAAUGAGAAACGUAUAACUUGUAAGGUUGAAGUAUGAGAUAUAUAUACGAAAUGAGAUGCUGGUAAAUCAUCAUGUAUGUGUGCCUUGAAGUUAUGAAAGCUAAUUAUCAGAUUGCAGAUGCAUGAAAGAGCUGUUUAAUGAGUGUGAAUCAACAAAGACCUGUACGUGUUUGUACUGUACAUAAAUUAUUUUGGGGGUUAUUUCUGGUGCAAACCGACAAUUUAAAUCAUCACAAUAAAGUUUGUUGUGGAAUCACAUA